GAAGCACAGGGGUGCACCACAAUUCUUUGACUGUGGACCUGAGGGCUUCAACCCUGGCAUAAGUGUUUUCAAGGGCCAGUCAAUGAAGGUGAGGCCAUGCUAAUGUGUGGUGUACAUGUGUAGUAUAGUACUUUAAGGAAGGCAGCAAGCUUCCAAUAUUUAAAAAAGUUAGGCUUAUGAUGUUACAGUGCUACACGUCCUUGUAAUAGUCUCGCUUAACUGGAAAUGAUUUUUGGUCAUUUCGUGAAAUGGAAAUACUUCUAUACUUUCUUGGAAUAGUUGGAAGAUGUCAAGACAGAACCUGUCCAGAGUCCACAUACUAAAAUGGAGCUAAGAAAUAAAAUGCAAAGGUCGCCCAAUCUUCAUCAGCUCUGAUGAGGAGCAUGAUGUCCCAGAAAUAGUGAGUAUAUAAAUAACUUUAUUUUAUUUAAGAUCUUUUAUUUACAUGAGAGUAAAUUUCAUCAAAAAAAUUCCAUUCUGUAACACUGUCCUGAAAAAAAUAAGAAAUCAUUAAUUGAUCCAUAUGCUGACAUUACCAUAGGUGUUGUCAUCUGGGGAAAGCAUGGAAGAAAGUGUGUUUGCUCCAUCCCAUACCAGCCAAAGAAAACGUAAAAGGCAGAAAAAACAGGCUCAAGUAUGUACAAAAUUAACUAAAGCUUUUACUAGAGAAUUACAGUUGACUCCCGAUAACUAGAUCCGUCGCUAACUUGAACCUCCAACUAAGUCGAAGUAAUUUUCAUUUUCCAUUCAGGACAUUUUCUACAUAAAGUUACCCUCGAUUACCAGUACUCGAACUUCAGAUAACGCGAACGUUUUUCUAUUUCCCCUGAAGGUUUGAGUUAUUGGGAGUUGACUGUAGUUCUAUCUGAUGUAGCUUUAUGUAAAGUAAAGUUCACAUCUUUUUUCAGGAGAAAAAACUUAGUUAAAAGAUAUCACAUGAUUUAAGCUACAGUACUCAGAGAAAUGGAGCAAAUACUCCAGAAGUGGAGGGAGACAGGGGGGCCUGAAACUCAGGCCUCCCCUACCUAUUACUCAUGCUUCCCGCCCCCUUCCUUAGGGGUUCCAGCCUGUUUGUUCUAUUUCUAUUGUAAAAUGUUACGCAACAUGGCAAAAUUUUUCUCCUUUUCUCCCGCUUCCCUCCCUUUCUCCUGUACCCCUCCCGCCUCCUGUACCCCUCCCGCCCCCUAUUCUCCGGGGCUCCUGCCCCCUGUCCCCCUCUACCCAGAAAGGAGCAAAUCUCUUACAACUAAGAAUGUCAUGUACACUCUUUCAUUGGGCUUGACUACAAUUAAAUUAAAACAUCAAAUUUUGAUGUUUACUUCUACAAUAUUAUUAGUGUUUGCCAAAUUAUUCAUCCUUAUGGUAUUCAUCAUUACAUAUUGUAGAUGUAAUGACACCUUGAGCUCUAUCUAAAAAGAGUUGCGCCAAUCGUUACUACUAGAGAAAUUAAUUGUUGGUUCUCUGACAGUGUUCCCCUUUUUGAGAAAUAAUGUGAAUUAUUCUCUGAGCACCACAAGGCAACCCAAUGUUGUGUUGUCGGGGGAGGUAAAGUACUCAGUCACUAUAACUUCGCAUUGGAUAUCGUUAUCACUGAUGUCAUCAAAAUGAACCAAAAUUGUUUUGAUGUUCCCUAAACAGACUCGAUGGGAAAAUGCAUACCAUUUUAUCUUAACGGUGGUGCUCCACCUGCACCAUGCAGUAGUCAGCUAAUAUGGAUGUGAAAUAAGUCACUUUUUCCCCAUUUCAACAUGCAGGUGGUUUCUUCCUCUGAUGAUCUUUGUGAUGCUCUCAGUGGUUUAAGCUCCUGCAACAGCACUCCUGUCAAAAAACAGAAAAAGAAGAAAAUCCAGAAACAGGUACGUUCAGCGGAUGCAACAAGGUGAUUUAAAUUUCCCAUGCCCUUGCCUGCACAGGUGAAGUCCAAAAGUAAAAAAAUUACCGGUAUGUUCUUUAAUAUUUCAGAUGGAUUCCACCAUGGAGGAGCUGUCCCGUGGUAUGAGUGGCCUUAGUUCUGCUGAGAGUACACCCUCCAAAAUCUUUCAAUCCUCAAAGGCAAGCUCUUCUGAUGUUUGUCCAAAGAAGCUGUUUGCUGAGGAAAGGUAAAUUUCAUGCCAAAACACAUGUCUGUUUUAUAAGCGUGUGGUCCGAUUGCAGGUUUGUUUUUUGUCAAGAUGUCUAACUUUCUUUGUUUUUGAGAUAUCAACUCCUAUCAUUCUUCAUAAAGUAAGAAAUAGUAGGAGACUAUUCAGACCUCCCUUCCUCUUAACUGAUCUCUGACAUUGUUUCUGUCACGAAAAAUCAAAUCCUCUUUUAUUAAUGAAAAGCCAUUCAAAGAUUAGGCAUCUGGUAGAUGGGUGAACACCCUGAAAAUUGAAAAUUGAACAACUUAAUAUAAUUAAAUUGUGUCCAUAAUUAUUAACGUGGGGUUCUAAUUUUUUAAGUAAUCAUUUAAUUAUUAUUGUCUUUGGGAAGUCCUUAUGAGGAAAGUCAAUAAUGCAUUCAUUUAUGCAUGUAUGUCAAUUGCAAGCACUGUGUGAUCUGGUCUUAAGGUCUCUUUCUUUUUUUUUUUUUUUUAAGGGAUGCUAUCUUCACACAAAAAGGCAGUCGGUCCUACCUCAACCAGGAGGAAGUGGAAAACAUGGAAGAAAAACAAGUUGAAACAGUUCCCCCAACGCCCAUAGCUCCCGUGAAAUACCUUGUCUCGUACAAUGAAAAAGAUCCUUUGUCGUCCGUUUCAGACAACUGGAACUGGGGUCGCAGUCAACCAUGCAAGAGGAAGGGUUUCUGCGCUGGAGGAAGGCGGACCCUUCAGAUUUGUCGGGGAUCACUACAGUGUCCAAAUCCAAAGUGUCCAUUUCAAAAAAUAAACAAGAAGAAGAACACAGUCGACUUCACCAGAGCAAAGAACUGUAUUCAUUGUAAACAUCCUGCAGAUUCUAUCGAGUGCACAGCAAGAAAAUAUGUGGAGAACGAUCGCUGCCAUAAAGAGAUGAGAGUAAUCUAUAUUGGAGAACAUAAUUGCACUCCAAGAGCAGUGGAGAAAAAACCCCCGAAAGAAGAUGAAGAAAGUAUUCUUCGUGUAAAACCAACCAUUACUCCUGAGGCGCUCCAAAUUGACAAAGUCAGAGAGGCGUUGUUGAGUGGAAAAGAUGCAAAUGAAGUAAAUAAUGUUGCUAUGGAGUAUAGUAACAAAAGACACUUAAAGUUUCUUCAUAAGUCCAUAAAGCAAAAGACCUGCCCUGGGGGAAAGGAUAUUGAGGCUAUCCGUGUUCUAAAGGAAGAUUUUGUAAAACGUGGUCUAGACGAAAACUUAAUACUGGAGGUUGGGGAGGACUAUGUUAUCCUGUCAUCGGAGGUGAAAAUUCGCAUCGCGGCUCAAAUAACGCUUGGCUUAGUGACAGAGCCCGUUAGCUUGGACGGCUGCGAAAGCCAUGCGAAGGAAUUCACGGAAAUUGAAAUGACUACCUAUUCUCCAACCCUUCGACGAAAUGUGAAACUUGUGAGCAUGUUUGCACCGAAACCCGGUGAAAACGCUGAGAACGUGGAGAGGAUGGUUACCGCCUUUGACAGUGCUGUAAACAAAAUUCUACCCACUGUAGCCCGAGAGUUUGAUCUAAAUCCCGAUGACUUUGCUGGAAACGGCUUAGACCCCCAUUCUUAUGUUGGUGAUGAGGGAGGGGCAUUGUGGAGUGGUCUACAGAAAGCGAACGGUGACAACGCCAAGAACAAAUCAAUUUCCGAUGCGUUUCAUUUGAAGCAGGAUGUAAAUCGGCAUCUCAAAUUUUUUAAAACCAGUCGAGAUCAAAAUAAAUUCAAAAAGUUAAUGAACGAAGCUUCCAACGCACCAACAUCAAUUCAAGCGGAUCAGGCUUCGAAAGCUCUAGACUCUCUCAUUGAAAGGUGUUCGUCGGACCCAGCUAAAAUGAUGAACUUCAAAAAAUGGUGGUGGAGAAGAAGAGUGCGCUGGCUGCAGUGGUGCAAAUCAUAUUCAACAAGCUCAGCAUCGUCUGCAGAGGUUUCCAACGCUAAGGCUAUUGGCGCCUCUGGCUAUAGAAAACGCUUGUUGGACGUUGUCACUGCAGAGUGCUCUGCAUCAAUUCUUGAAGCAGCUGAAGUUAAGCGUCAAGAAAAUGGUCUUAAAACGGUAGGCGAAGGACCAACGGCGUUUGACCGAAGUGAAAGGCAACAAGCAACACUGAAAAAGAAUACAGCUGCCUGUUCUGAUGCUGUGCACUAUAUUUCCGAAAAUGCCGAUCAAUUGACGGAUCAUUUCGAUUCCCUGACGAACUUUGAAAAGCCACAGAGUGACUACAGAGUCAACACACAGGACAGCCAUAGAGCGGACAAAAGAAAAGCUAAAAAAACCAGCAAAGGGAAGGUAGUCACUAGAGAGGUGACCGAUGCUCAGUUCAGGUACUUCGAAAAGUACGUCACCAAUAUAACACUUGAUCUGCAGGAAUACAAAAGCUCCAUGAGUAAAUUCGAGUUUAAAGUGCUAGACACUAUGGGAUGCCUGGAGACUGUUAUUCUUACAAGUGACUCAGUCUGCUCUUCUUCCUUGGCAUGCAGACAGAAAUGUCAACACAUGAUCUGGCUGUUCUACCACAUUUUUGGGUUCAAAAAAGAGGAACCACUUAUUUACAAAAAGAAAUUUACAUCCCUAGAAUGGACCAACUUGGUGAACGCGUUUCCUGAAUCAGUACCAGUAACGCAAAUUCCGCCAUUUGCUGAGAAAGGUUAUUCCGUCAGUUCAAGAACAACAAGAACUGCCAAGUGUGCGACUUGCAAGACA